AUGAACAAAUCCUCCACCCUCCAAUUCCGCGGACGCCUGCACGACCGCGCCCGCAAAGGCGAGCGCUUGACGGACGAGGAAAUCGGCGAGAUCACGCGUGAGAGCGCCGAGUUGGCGGGCGCGGAUUCCGGGCCCACAGAAGAAGUCAACCCGCAACAGGCGCAGUGGGCUACGCAGGCGGAUCAGAUCCUUAGCAAGCCGGCGAAUAGGAUUAGUCGGGUGGAUGCUAGUGAGUUGCAUUCGAAGGAGGUCAGCCAUCCAGUAUUCCUGCAUAUGCUAUAUGGUUGUAUUGGGGGUGAUGCUGACUGGUUUGGUUGGCUGCAGGCACGCGCUUUUGAGAACCUCCCUGCUCAGGGAUCUGUCGCGUCGCAUGUGCAGUCUGUGGCGGAUAGGAAUGAGCGAUAG